UCCAAGCUAUUAGAUUAGAGCUCCAUGAUUUCCUGUUCAGCAUCGUCCGUCCUCGAGAUCUGAUACCUUGCUCUUGGAUAUAGAAGCCUGGUCGGUUUGCGUCUCUCCCCCCAAGUGGACCCCUCGCUGCUCCGACCGACCAAGACCGCACCUCUCCAGCGGACGUACGUCGUCAUCCGACACUAUCCCCUCCGAACCACCUGGGACACGAUCCAAGGCCAAACUCAGACCGCCAUGUCCACCAAGUACGCCGUAGUGUCGCUGCCCAUUGGCGCAUUCGACACGAACGACAAGGACGAUGCAGUCUUGGCCCUGAAGGGUCAAAUCUCGUCCGACAAUGGCACCGUCCUGCCUUUCAGAGUGCCCGACUUCAAGAUUGGCACUCUCGACGCCCUUGUACAGCAGGCGGACGACCUGGCCAAGCUCGAGUCGACUGCUGAAGCAGUUGUCGCCAAGGUGGGCGACUCUCUCAAGACGAUUCUGGGCGGCGACGAGGACCGCCUAGCCUCCUACAAGAUGGUCAACGACAAACCGACCGAGCAAUACAUCAACAACUUCUCGUGGAACAAGAUCCGCUACCGCGCAGACAAGCCCCUGGGCGAGCUCAUAGACACGUUAUCAAAGGAGCUCGUCACUGUGGACAAUGAUGUCAAGUCAAAGGUGAACCAGUACAACUCAGUCAAGACCAACCUCGCGACUCUGCAACGGAAACAAACCGGCAACCUGUCCACGAAAUCCCUUGCUCCCAUCAUUGACAGCUCGCUCCUCGUCCAAGACUCCGAGUACAUUGAGACGCACCUGAUCGUGGUGCCCAACAACGCCAAGAAGGACUUUCUGAAGCAGUAUGAGGAGCUUGCCCCCAUGGUCGUGCCCCGAUCCGCCAAUCAGAUUGCGCAAGACGACGAGUUCGUCCUGUUUGGCGUCGCCACAUUCAAGAAAUACAGCCACGAGUUUCUGCAAAAGUGCCGAGAGCAGAAGUGGACGCCGCGCCCGUACAAGUACGUCGAGGGCGGCCGGGAGGAGGAGCAGCGUGAGCUGGACAAGGUGACGAACGAGGAGCGCAAGGUCUGCGGGGAGGCUCUCCGCAUCGCCCGCACGGGAUGGAGCGAGAGUGUCAUGGCCUGGAUCCAUGUUCUGACCCUGCGCGUGUUCGUGGAGGCUGUGUUGCGGUACGGUCUGCCCUUGGACUAUGUGUCUGCUCUGAUCAAGACCACAAACAAGCUGGCCCCCAAGGUUAAAUCGGCCCUCGACUCGCAAUACUCCUACAUGGGCGGCAAUGCAUUUGGCCGAGACAAGCGCGGUAGGGUCACCAAGGACGAUGCGGCGAUGAGCUCAGACAUGAUGGCGGCGGGUCUGGGCGGCGACGGGAACGAGUACUCAGCCUACGUGUACUACGAGAUGGAGCUCCCUUGAGAUGGUUCUGUAGAUGGCGACGGCACGCAGCGCGGUUCAUGGAAGACCACGCAUUGGCCGGCUGCGAAGAGUAACGUACAAAUGCAGAGAGCAUGGCAUAGCAUACCAACAUGUGGCAACAACCGCCCUUUAUCUUUCUGUCUAUAUUUGUCUGUCUGUCUGUCUGUCUGUCUUGAUUUCUCUGGUUUCUUUGUUUGAUUCUUCUUCGACCGCCGCUUAGGCGGACUUGAUGUAGCCCUUGUCGGCCAGCCAGCUGGUGAUUUGGGCCACGCACUCCUCGACCGAGUUCUCGUGGGUCUUGAUGGUGAUCUCUGGGUUCAGGGGCUCCUCGUAGGGGGCCGAGAUGCCGGUAAAGUCCUUGAUCUCGCCGGCGCGGGCCUUCUUGUAGAGGCCCUUGGGGUCACGCUGCUCGGCGACCUCGAGGGGCACGUCGACGUAGACCUCGACAAAGGGCAGGGGGGUCUCGUCGCCGGCGGUGGUCUGGGCGU